AUGACCUUCAGAUCUGCAUACCCAAAGAUAAAUUUGCUCUUCGCCAGCCAUGAGGAUAAGGCUGCCAUCGCGAGAGCAGUAGCCGAGCACGAUCUGGUCCUUCACUUCGCUCUGAGCGCAGACCAUCUCCCUUCAGCUGAGGCAAUCGUCUCCGGGUUGGAAGCACGAGGAGGAGGAAUUUACAUUCAUACGAGCGGAACGGAUGUCCUUCUUGAUCCGCACGAGAACAGCACUCGAGCGGCGAGGGAAUAUGUGUUAAGACUUUUGAUGACUGGGAGGGUAUUGGGGAGCUUGUGUCUUUGCCUGGGCCUGCAACUGUCCGACGGUAAGACAUUGUGGAACUGUGUGCAUGUCUACGAUCUCUCGCGAUUGUAUGUGCGGUUCAUCGAGCAGUCGAUUUCCAGCGGGGAAUUGACCUGGAAUGAGGAAGGCUACUACCUCGUCGAAAGCGGGACGUAUUUAUGGGGCGAUAUAUCCAGAAGGAUCACAAACGAAGCGUACGUUCUUGGUCUCCUGCCCUCAGAGCAGAUGAUGGUUGUGGAGAUGAAAGACCGCGAUAUCCUAGCGCCCGCUGGUCGGCCUGUGGGCAAUUAUGCGGUCAAGGCAAAGGCGGUUCGGGCGCGAAGAUUGCUAGGCUGGACUCCUAUCGAGGGGAGCCUAGAACAGAAAAUUCCAGCAAUUGUACUGGCCGAAGCGAAGUCCCUGGGCCUGUAG